AAAAAAAAAAAAAAUAUUUAAAUUUUUUUUUUUUAAAAAAAAUAUAAGGAUCAUAUUCAAAAUAAAAUUUUUUACCUGUAUAUGAAAUCCAUAUAAUUUUUAUUGUUAUUAAUUUUAAUUCUAUAUUGCGAUUGCAAUAAUUAGGUAAUUACAUAUGAAUUUGAUACGACAAACUUUUCAGAAAGCUAAGGAUGGAUUGUAAAUUAAAAUAUUAGGUAAUCUAUAUAGACAUGCGUAAAUACAUUUUUUGGAGCAAUAUAUACAAAUGGAGGAGAAGCUUCAGUUAAAAAAUCUUAUUAAUCUACUGUAGAUUAAACAAAUUUAAAUAUACAAUUUGAAUUAUGGGCACUUGAAGUAUUUAAUUUAUAAACUAUAUAAAUAAACAUAAAUAGCAAAAAAAUAGAUUUUAAAGCAAGUGCAGUAGGACUGCCAGCUACAACAGGAGAUCAGCAACCAGAAUAGAAUGUACCUGGGUGUUUAAAAUCAUCUCCUUAAUAUCCUAUAUUUAUAGAAGCAUAAAUUCCAUAUAUAAAUAAAAACUUCGAAUUUGAAAUAUAUUCAGCUUACACUAAUCCAUAUAAUUUUAAUUGGGGUAUAAGAAAGUUAAAAAUAAUUGCCUAAUAUAAAAGUGACCUGUGUCAUGCAAGUUGUAAUUGCGAUUCAGGCGAAAAUCCUAAUGGGGUAUGUACUUCUUGUAUAGAUCCUAAUUCGAUAAUGGUCCAAAACAUAUUCUGUUAAUGUGAUAUAUCGAAAAAUUACGUAUUGGUUUCUAAAAAUCCAUUUAAAUGCGAGACUAUUUUAACAAAGCCUAUUGAAGAUUUGACAAAAUGUGAUGUUGAAUUAUAUAAAAGUAUUUAAAAUUUGCGAAUAGUUUCAUAUUGUAUGUCAAAUAAAGAAAAUGGAAAUAAUUUUGUUCUCAAUUAAAUAUCGUAUUAUUGGCCAAAAGACACCAUAUCGAACCCAUGCAAAGAAACUUUACACUCUUCCCUUUUCUUUUAAUAUUAAGAUGGUACCUACUAACUAGUAGAUAAUAAAUAUUUGAAUUAUUAAUAAAACUAUGUAACUUCUAUAAAAGUGGCUUUAAUAGAUAUCUAUUAAUUAGCUUUUUCCACAAAGUUAUUAUAUGAUAACGUUAUUUAUUAAGUUAUUAAUAUGCAAAUUGAACUUGGAAAUAUAAGAUAGACAUUAAGGGUACAUAAGUUUAUGAUUAUUGUUUAUACAAGCAGGGACACUGUAACAACUUUCUAAAUAGAUACAACUCUUUAAUAGACUGACAAGUGUAUGUAAGGAAGUGAUUAUUGUGUAAUUAUUGCUGAUUUGGAUUUGCAUGGAAGCCUUUGUGAGACAUCUGAUUGUGAGAGUUUCAAAAAUAAUAAUUAAUAUAUUGUAGGAGACUUUUUGUAUACAUAAGUUAAAUUUGUUGAUAAAACUUAUAAAAAAGAUUUAGUACUUAAUAGGGUUCUUUUCUUAGGUGAUGAUAUUGUUUUGGAUUUAACUCCCUUGGCCAAAGUAACUAGAAAUAGAAAAAAAAGUAGGCUUAGAAUCCUUAGAGAUAAUGGGUCAGGGUUUAUUAAUGUUGAACUAGGAUUGCCUUAUCCUUCCAAUAAUGCAUAGAUUUAGAUGAAUUUUAACAUAUAUCCUGACGGAGCUAACCCUUAUGGUUAAGGAGAUGGAUUCGGAGAUUAUGAUUUUACAAGAAAUCUUUAAAAAAUUGAAGAAACUAAAAUGGCAUCAACUAAUAUUUAAAUCUAAGUAUUUAAAAAUAAUGAGGAAUUAAUUCAAUAUAAUUAUUAGAAAAAUAGUUAAAAUAUCAACUAUGAAAAUAUAUAAAAAUAAAAUUCCUUAUUUUUAAACUUUUUUAGUUUGCUUUUUAUUAUUAUUCUAUUUAUGUACUGAUAAAUAAUACAUUCAAAAAUAUAUUUUUGUUAAAUAUAUUUUUAUUUUUUUUGUAUAUAU